AUGCGGUCAAACAUCUACUCGGGUGAUUGUAUCUUAAAGACCGCUAUAAAAGGGUCGGUACACAUCGUGGCGAGUCGGGGAUAUGUGGAUUAUCUUCUUCACAACCAGACUUCCAAGGACAUUCUUGAGUGGGUGAAGAAAACUAAAAUACCAGACGAGACCUACUUCAGCACUCUCAACCACAACCCACAACUUGGUGUGCCAGGGUCGUACAAAGUAAAAUUGAUCCCAGAUGGAAAAAGCAAGCCCUCUAUAUUUAAAUUUACGAACUGGGGAGAGUUACCAUGCGCUGGCAAGUUUGUCAGAAGUGUGUGCAUUCUCGGGGUCGGAGAUGUGUCCUUGUUGGUGAAAAGGAAAGAACUCUUUGUCAACAAAUUUCACCUGGAUUUUCAACCUUACGCUUUGGAUUGUAUCGAAGAAUGGCAUUACAACAGAACACGAGAUGAAUAUUUAGGUGUUUCAAACUUUGAUAAUAGUUACUACAAAACUCUGGACUUUGUAACCAAUAAAAUAUAA